AUGUGGGGCCGCAUGUGGGGCUCCGGCCGCGGCUCCGGGAGCAGGUCCGAUGGGGGCGGCGACCACGAGCGCGAGCGGCGUGUCCGCUCGAACGGCGUGAGGAAGCGCAGGAUCGGGAGUCGCGGCGUCGUCGGGCCUGAGGACUUCGUCGCCGAUGCCGAUGCGGUCGCGGCCGCCAUUGCCGAAUGCAGCUUGCGUGAGGAGGCGGAGCGCCGGCGCCACCAGGAGGAGCUCGAAGACCUCAUGUUCCAGCAGGCGGUCGCAGCGAACCUUGCCGCCAAGGAGAAGGACGACGAGUGGCGGAGGAUCCGCGAGGAGCAGAAGGAGAAGUACAUCGACCUUGGCAGCUUCGACAAGGAGGAUUGA